AUGGUCAAGGCGAAGAAGUUGUUACUCAAGUACGCCAAUGUUUUCUCGUCAAACGAAGCUGACAUAGGAAAGACUGGCUUAGUUCAACACAAAAUAAACACAGGACAAGAAUUGCCUAUUCGUCAGCGGCCAAGAAGAUUGCCUGUGGCACGUGAAAAGGAAGUGGAAACCAUGAUUGAGGGAAUGGUGAAGGAUGGUGUUAUUGAACUUUCAUCUAGUCCAUGGUGUUCACCUGUGGUGCUGGUAAAGAAGAAGGACGGCAGCAUGCGGUUUUGUGUUGACUACCGCCGCCUGAACGACAUUACAAAGAAGGAUAGCUAUCCCUUGCCAAGAAUUGAUGACACGCUGGACAUGCUUACAGGCGUAAAGCGGUUUAGUACGCUGGAUCUGAAAAGUGGCUACUGGCAGGUUGAAAUUGACCCUAAGGACAAGGAGAAAACUGCAUUCUCCACAGGAAAGGGUCUGUGGCAAUUUAAAGUCAUGCCGUUUGGAUUGUGCAAUGCUCCAGCAACCUUUGAAAGGUUGAUGGAGCUUGUACUUACCGGGCUAAUUGGAGAUGCCUGUCUGGUCUAUUUGGAUGACAUCAUCAUCGUAGGCCGUACGUUUGAGGAACACCUUCAAAACCUGGAACGUGUGCUCCCAAAGAUCCAGAGUGCCAACAAGUUGAGUCCGAAGAAGUGCUCACUAUUCAAACAGCAAGUUAGUUUUUUGGGGUAUGUAGUGUCGGAAGAAGGUAUCCGCACGGAUCCAGAGAAAAUUGCCGCUGUCAAGGAGUGGCCGGUUCCAAAAGACAAGACACAGGUUAGAGCAUUUUUGGGUUUGUGCUCUUAUUAUCGGCGAUUUGUGAUGAACUUUGCAGAUAUAGCCAAACCUCUGCACAAGCUAACCGAGGAGAAGCGACAUUUCUGCUGGGAUGAAAGUUGCGAUAUUGCAUUCCAGGAGCUCAAGAACCGUCUGUGCAAAACACCUAUUUUGGGGUACUCUGAUGCGGGCAAAGAAUUCAUAGUUGACACAGACGCAAGUGAUAUAGGACUUGGCGGUGUGUUGUCUCAACGGAAUGGAGAUCAAGAGAUUGUGAUAGCGUACUUCAGCAAGUCCUUGUCAAAGCCUGAUAGGAACUAUAGUGUCACAAGACGGGAAUUGCUUGCUGUGUUCAAAAAUCCGGAAGGACAAGUUGCGAGAUGGAUUGAACUACUGCAGGAAUACGACUUUGUGAUCGAACAUCGCAGUGGGAAAUCUCAUGGCAAUGCAGAUGCAUUGUCAAGAAGACCUUGCCCUGAAGAUUGCAAGCAUUGUACUAGGCAAGAGGGUAAGGAAGUGGUAUCUGUGAGGAUGCACAGGACAGACCAGCUUAGCAAUGAGGGGAAGGACAGCCUACAACAUGCACAGCAGGAAGAUUCGGACAUUAAGCCGAUUCUGGAAUGGAUGAAGGCCAGUGGUCCUAAGCCCAAGUGGAGCGACGUCUCAGCAAUAAGUUCGACCAUGAAAAGCUAUUGGGCCGAAUGGGACAGCUUGCUGAUUCAGGAUGGAGUCCUGUGCCGUAAAUGGGAAAAUGGUCGGGGAGACAGAUGUCAUUUGCAAAUGGUUGUCCCUAAGGCUAAAGUGCCGGUUGUUCUACAGCUGUACCAUAGUGGUUGUUCAGGAGGCCACCUGGGAGUUAAACGAACUCUCCUGAAGAUUCGAGAACGGUUUUACUGGGUCCACUGUCGUGACGAUGUCGAGGACUGGUGCCGCAAAUGUACAAAUUGUGCGGCUGCAAAGGAACCUCAAAUUCGUAGUAGAGGCGCAUUGAAAUUGUACAAUGUUGGUGCACCAUGGGAGAGGAUAGCCAUUGACGUUGCGGGGCCGUUUCCAGAAACUGAAAGUGGUAACAAGUAUUUCAUGGCAGUGAUGGAUUACAUCACUUAG